CCCCGCGACGCCGACCUCCUUGCCAAGAUGGCUCGGGGCGAGCGGCGGCGCCGCGCGGUGCCGACAGACACGCCGCGGACUGCGGAGCGGCGGGGCGGCCCGGCGCGGCGGGACGGGAGGGGCGGCGGGGCCCGUGGCGCUACCCGGGGAGUGGCUCUAGCCGUUGUCCUGGCUCUGGCUCUGGGCCUCUCCGGGCGCUGGCUGCUGGCUUGGCACCGUGCACGACGGGCAGUCACGCUGCUCUCUGCGCCCCCGGCGCUGCCUCCUGACUCCUCCAGUCCCGCAGUGGCCCCAGACCUCUUCUGGGGCACCUACCGUCCUCAUGUCUACUUCGGCAUGAAGACCCGCAGCCCGCAGCCCCUUCUCACUGGACUGAUGUGGGCGCAGCAAGGCGCCACCGCAGGGACCCCUAAGCUCAGGCACACGUGUGAGCAGGGGGACGGCGUGGGUCCCUAUGGCUGGGAGUUCCAUGACGGUGUCUCCUUCGGGCGGCAACACAUCCAGGAUGGGGCCUUGAGGCUCACAACUGAGUUCGUCAAGAGGCCUGGGGGUCAGCACGGAGGGGACUGGAGCUGGAGAGUGACUGUAGAAUCUCAGGCCUCAGGUACCUCUGCUCUCCCUUUGGUGUCCCUGUUCUUCUAUGUGGUAACAGACGGCAAGGAAGUCCUAGUGCCAGAAGUUGUGGCCAAUGGGCAGUUGAAGUUCAUCAGUGGGCACACCACUGAACUUGGUGAUUUCCGACUUACACUUUUGACACCAACCAGUCCAGGAGAUACUGCUCCCAAGUAUGGCAGCUACAAUGUCUUCUGGUCCUCCAACCCAGGACUUCCUUUGCUGACAGAGAUGGUGAAGAGUCGCCUAAAUAGCUGGUUUCAACAUCGGCCCCCAGGGGCCUCCCCUGAGCGCUACCUCGGCUUGCCAGGAUCUCUUAAGUGGGAGGACAGAGGCCAAAGUGGGCAAGGACAGGGACAAGGGCAAUUCUUAAUUCAGCAGGUGACACUGAAAGUCCCCUUUUCCAUGGAGUUGGUAUUUGAAUCAGGCAGUGCCCGAUUAGGAGGAAGCCAAGCCCUGACGCAACUGUCUGGCAGCUUACUGACCCAGGCCUUGGAGAGCCAUGCUGCAUCCUUCAGAGAGCGCUUUGAGAAGACCUUCCAGCUGAAGGAAAAGGGCCUGAGCCUUGAGGAGCAGGCUUUGGGACAGACUGCCCUCAGUGGCCUCCUUGGCGGAAUUGGCUACUUCUAUGGACAGGGUCUGGUGUUGCCGGAUACGGGGGUUGAGGGGCCUGAGCUGAAGGCAGACCCAGCCCUCUUUCCACCUGUCCCUCUAUUCACUGCGGUCCCCUCACGGUCAUUUUUCCCACGAGGCUUCCUUUGGGAUGAGGGUUUUCACCAGCUGGUGAUCCAGCGGUGGGAUCCCCGCCUCACCCAGGAGGCCCUAGGACACUGGCUGGGGCUGCUUAAUGCUGAUGGCUGGAUUGGGCGAGAGCAGGUGCUGGGGGAUGAAGCCCGAGCCCGGGUGCCUCGAGAAUUCCUGGUGCAACGGGCAGCCCAUGCCAACCCUCCAACCCUUCUUUUGCCUAUAGCCCACAUGCUAGAGGGUGGUGACCCUGCUGACUUGGCCUUCCUCCACAGGGCUUUUCCCCGUUUGCGUGCCUGGUUUUCCUGGCUCCAUCAGAGCCAGGCAGGGCCAGUGCCACUAUCUUACCGCUGGCGGGGCCGGGAUUCGGCCUUGCCAACCCUUCUGAACCCAAAAACACUGCCUUCGGGUCUAGAUGAUUAUCCCAGGGCUUCACACCCUUCAGCCACUGAGCGGCACUUGGACCUGCGGUGCUGGGUGGCACUGGGUGCCCGUGUGCUGGCACGGCUGGCAUCUCAUCUGGGAGAGGCUGAGGCAGCUGCAGAGUUGGGCCCGCUAGCUGCCUCACUGGAGGCAGAGGAGAGUCUGGAUGAGCUGCACUGGGCUCCGGAGCUGGGAGUCUUUGCAGACUUUGGGAACCACACAAAAGCAGUGCAUCUGAAGCCUCAGCCCCCUCAGGGCCUGGUGCGGGUGGUGGGCCGGCCCCACCCUCGCUUGCAGUAUGUGGAUGCCUUGGGCUAUGUCAGUAUAUUUCCCUUGCUCCUGCGGCUGCUGGAACCCAACUCUUCCCAUCUUGGGCCCCUGCUGGAUGUUCUAGCUGACAGUCGCCAUCUCUGGAGCCCCUUUGGUUUACGGUCCCUUGCAGCUUCCAGCCCCUUUUAUGGCCAGCGCAAUUCAGAACAUGAUCCUCCCUACUGGCGGGGUGCCGUGUGGCUCAACAUCAAUUAUCUAGCCUUGGGGGCACUGCACCACUAUGGACAUCUGGAGGGUCCCCACCAGGCCCGGGCUGCCAAGUUGCACAAUGAGCUUCGUGCCAAUGUGGUAGGCAAUGUGAAGCGGCAGUACCAGGCCACAGGAUUCCUGUGGGAGCAGUACAGUGAUCGGGAUGGGCGGGGCAUGGGCUGCCGCCCUUUCCAGGGCUGGACCAGCCUUGUCCUGCUGGCCAUGGCUGAAGACUACUGAAGGGGUAGGAUAGGUACUGGGUCCCUUGUGUCACUCCGGACUAGGUGGUCUUUAGUUUCUGCUCCAACCCUCAGAUACCAGUAAUUCAAACCCUCAGCUCAUCUCAGGUGUCUUGUUACUGUCAUCCCACAUAGCCCUGGGAUGAAUGUGAAUUCAGAGUCUAUUUUUCUAAUAAAUUGG